AUGAUGGAAAUGACCAAUGAAAGUUCUCCGCAAGAGUUUGUGCUCCUGGGCUUCUCUGCACAGCCCUCACUGGAACCUGUCCUCUUUGGAUUGGUCUCCUGCUUUUACACGGUAGCUAUCCUGGGCAAUGGCACCAUCAUUCUGGUCUCCUGGAAGGAUGUACGUCUCCACACACCCAUGUACUUCUUCCUUGCCAACCUCUCCUUCCUGGACAUUAGCUUCACCACCAGCAUUGUGCCACAACUCCUAGUCAACCUCUGGGGACCCCAGAAAACCAUAAGCUAUGGAGGCUGUGUGGUCCAGUUCUAUGUGUCCCACUGGCUGGGAGCCACUGAGUGUGUCCUCCUGGCUGUCAUGUCCUAUGACCGCUAUGCGGCCAUCUGCAGGCCUCUCCACUACACUGUCAUUAUGCACCCACAGCUGUGCAUUGGCCUGGCCUUGGCCUCAUGGCUAGGGGGUCUCACCACCAGCAUGGUGGGCUCCACACUCACCAUGCUUUUACCACUGUGUGGGAACAAUCGCAUCGACCACUUCAUUUGUGAGAUGCCCCUCAUUAUGCAACUGGCUUGUGUGGACACCAGCCUCAAUGAGGUGGAGAUGUACGUGGCCAGCUUUAUCUUUGUUGUCUUGCCACUGGGUCUCAUCCUGGUCUCAUAUGGACAUAUUGCUCAGGCUGUGUUGAAGAUCAAGUCCAGAGAAGGACGAAGAAAGGCGUUCAACACCUGCUCUUCCCACAUGGCAGUAGUAUCCUUGUUCUAUGGGAGCAUCAUCUUCAUGUACCUCCAGCCAGCCAAGAGCAACUCUCAUGAGCAGGGCAAGUUCAUAGCUCUUUUCUAUACUGUAGUCACCCCGAUGCUGAACCCACUGAUUUACACCCUGAGGAACAAGGAUGUGAAGAAUGCCCUUUGGCACGUUGUGUCAGACAACUGCUGUGGUCUUGCGAAGAAACAGGAACAACUCUAA